CCGGACCAGUCCGUGGCGGUCGAGUCCAUUACCAAUUUCACCACCGCCGGAACAAACAGAGAGAGAUUUUAAAGAAACUCAAACGACUCCAAUCAAAACAAAACCCGGUGAGCGCCAACAAUCAAAAUCUCGAAACCAUCGAAAUGGGAGAAGAAGAAGAAGAGCCCAAGAAGAAGAGGGUGGUGGUGGAAUCCCUGGGAUGGCUUACGGAGUCGACCAUAAUGCCCAAGAAGCACCGCGCCAUCGCCGGCGUCGGAGCCUCUUCGAUCAUGGAGCUCAAGGCCCAGCUCUACCAGUCUCAAGAAGACUCCAAGAAGUCCAAGGACCUCGCCGGCCCAGACGCCGAGUUCCACCGCGCCAAGAAGAAGAUCACCGCACACGAUGCCUUCUCCGUCAAGAACUCCGGCGUCGACGCCCGGGCCCACAAGGACAAGCUUGAGCUGAAGGCAGUUAAGGAUGGAUCAGCCAGCUAUGCAGCGUUGGAGAAAAAGGCUGCAUUGUAUGAUAAGCUAGCGAGGGGAGAGCUAUCCGAUGAGGAAGACAAGGAAAAGUACUGUGUGGAUUUCUUUGUCAAGAGACAUGAGCAGGAUGAGUCAGAGCAGACUCAGCAUCACGAUUCUUCUGUUGUUGCACCACCGGAGAAUCAAGAUGGCGAGACUGAUCUUUCCAUGUUGUUUAGCACAAAACCUGUGGGGCUUGGGCAGGCAGGUGCAAUAUGGGACAAUGAUGAACACAAGCGAUUUGUGAGGGAAGUUCAUCAAGAAGCGAAUCAAGCAAGAGAGAAAGCCUCAGAGCUCAAAGUACGCAGGCAAGAGCAAGCAACUGCUCGUCGUGAGAAGUUAAAACAAGCAUACAUACGGAAACAGCUAGAGAAACUAAAAGCAGCAGCACCUAAUAAGGAACAGAUAUAAUAGCAGAAGACGAUUGUCAGUUUGUGGCAAUAUUCAAGCGGUCAUAUUGAGUUCACCUGCAUAACCAUGCGGCAUUUUCUCCAUUCUGAGUCCUGUUGACUUCAGGAUUAUAUGGAGCAAACUUUAGGUGGAUAUGAAGGGCAUGGAAUCAAGUUAUGUAUUCUUGGAAGAAAGAAUUCGUCAAUUGUACUCUAACAAAAUGGUCUCUGUUGUUUCUUUCAUGUCAUACUUUUGUACAGUGGUUAAUAUAUGGUUUGGAACUGCAUUGGCUGAUUAUGUCAGGCUGAAGGUAUGCAAAAAGUUUCGGAUCUCAAAAUUAUACA